ACCAUCAUGGCGCCUUCCCGAAAUUGCGAUACGAGUGCAAUGUGUUGAAUCUCAGUAGUCGCACUCAGACUCUCGUGAUUAAGUUCUUAAAUUGAAAAGUAAAAAUAAAAACACGAACGCGACAGAUCGUAAGCGCCACAAGAUUUAUAAAACGAACAAUUUAAUAUUUUAUAGAUUGCAGAAUGCCUGUGGUACCUGGAGGAGCUUAUCAGCAAGGACCUUCUUGUUUCGAUAGAAUGAAACUAGGUUUUGCAAUUGGAUUUUGUGUAGGGAUGGCUUCUGGUGCACUUUUUGGAGGAUUCUCUGCACUUAGAUACGGACUGAGAGGAAGAGAACUAUUAAAUAAUGUCGGUAAAGUGAUGAUUCAAGGUGGUGGCACAUUUGGCACUUUUAUGGCUAUCGGAACAGGAAUACGAUGCUAAUAUGUGUGUGGAUAGUGCUACUUAUAUGGAUUAUUUGAAUUGUUUGUAAUGUAAAAUCUACAGGUUAUUUGAAUUCUCUUAAUAAAAAUAGUUUUAAGGAG